AGACAACCGCCGAAGUCUCGCCGAUCACGGAGGUGCGUAGGUUUCAAGAGAAGGCACAUUUGUUGUCCUGAUUUUUGCGACUUCUUYAUCACAACKUUGUCACUUCCCAUCUGACAAAUUCAUCUUUCUUCAUUUACUAGGUCUGAAGUGCGCUGGAAAGUUCGCCAAUCAAAGAAUAUCCAAACUAUAUUGCGUUGCUAUUAUUAACGAAGAGGACGAUGAAGAUGUUCGAAAAAAAUUAUGCUUGGGUCUCUGCACGUUACUGAAAAAGUGUUCGAACGGAAAGAUCGUAGAAGACUGCAAACGACAACUUGGUGACAGCGGCGCAAGUAUCUUUGCAGACAUCGCAAAAGCGAACGAGUCAUCACUGGGUAUUCCCUCUCUAGUAUUCGCAGCUACCACCGAUUGGGAUCAGUUUGUGACGAUUGCCUUGAACACGGACCCCGUAGCGACGAUUGGUGACUCGAAGCUAUGCCGAUCARUCUUGGAGAACAUGACGCCGACCUCUUGGGAAGAUAUUGUCGGCCCUCCUCUCUUGCUGAAACUCAAGGCGAAACCCGAAAGUUUAUUACCAAUGGUAGAGGGCUUCAUGCGGUUUGCAAAUGCAGCUGCUAUAGGACCGUCGAAGAUUGUAGUCGAAGAAUAUUUAACAGUGUUGUGCAAGUUUUUGAAAAGUCCCAAGCAAAAAGUUCGGGACCUUUCUUCUUCGAUUUUACAGCACAUUGCGAAAGCCGUCAUUGAUCAAGAGCAGGAGGAAAGUUUGUCGAAGCUAKUAGAUAGUGUUGCCGAAACAAAAGGCCUGRCCCUACCACACCAGAGGCAAAUUGUAUACCACACACUUUAUCAAAUUGGCAACAACAUAACAGCAACAGGUUCGAUUGAAGUGAAGAAGAGCACAGCUUCGGCAGUGCUAUCCGGAGUUGGCGUGCCAUUGGCUAAAGAGGCCAAAGCAGCGAAGCAAAAUCGAGAACAGGGCCUACAAGCUUUGAUUUCAUGGAUUGUCAUCGCGAGAAAGAAUGGUGUGGGCAGUGGUGACAAAGGKUAUGAUGACGCCUUAACUUUUGUUCGCAAACCCGUGAUUGCAAAGAAUGGACCCGAUACCGUGGAGAAUAUCGGGGCCAUGGUCCAGCAAAUCAAUCCCGACACCAUGGAGAAUAUUGUGCUGGACCUUUGGAAGGAUCCAAAAUUUGUGAAGGGGUUGGAAGCAUUCAUUGAACAGGCAAACAAAAAACAUGCAUCGUCAUCUUCAAUAGCACCUGUGGACGGCUUACUGGCUAUCUACCUAAGCUUGGUACAUGUUGGAGUUUCGUCAUCCAAAUUAUCACCCCUUAUUGAGAAAGCCCUUUCGGCGGGUUCGAUGUCUAUUGGAAAGACCACKUUUGUAUACGGAAAAGCAGCMACCAAUGCCGUGUCAUCAAACUCAAUUGUAGGUCUAGUUUUGCCUCAAAUUAUUUCGAUGUUCACAAAGAUUGCYUCUAGUACCAACAUAAAGCAGGGUAAGAUGAAAGCAUCUUCUUCCAGUGUUCGUGCCUUGGCCUAUUGCACAUCCUAUCCUGUUGCAAGGGGAAAGAAAAGUCCGAGUGAUUCGAUUGAAUCGACACUUCGAACUGUUUUGGACUAUGAAUCAAUUGCUAUCCCACUGAUCGAGGCACUCUACGUCUGUGUUAAUGAACAAUCUGUGGAAUCGGGCAGUGCUAGUACUGUCUCKKUAGAUACCGUACGCCAAAUUGCUGGAAUGCUUUCUACUCGAUCUCUUUCGGCGGGGUCAAUGGCAAAAGCUCUGAUCUUGAUGCACUUGGGAACUUCUCAAGAAACCGUGGAUGCUGAAGAUGAAGAGGAAGAUGGAGAACGUAGUGCAUUAGUAGAGAACACAACCACAGCACUAAAGGCUCUCGUGGUGUCUUGUGGAAAUCAAAAUGAAUUUAAGUCAACCAUCUCUGAAAUAGUCGCUGAGCAAGCAUCAGCUGCCAGUUACACKGACAAGGAAGUCGCCAUCAGYGAAAGCUUACACCUGGCUUCGCAGAGUCUCUUGAUUUCCCUUGGUAACGCCGCAUCUAAUUUUAGCCCCUUGUCUGAUGACCCUGAGGAUGACGAUAUGAAACCUUUUGCAUUUGCUAUGGAUGUUUUGACGAAUGGGAUAUCUACGCGGCUUGCCGAUGGGUUGGUUCCUAUUACGUGUGAGAUCGAUGGGCUUUUGACUGAUGAUAUUGCUUUGUAUACGAGUMCUAUGGGUACUCUUCACGUUGARGAUAACUUGAAAGAAAAGACAAACGUGCCUACGAAGGAUACCGGAAAAAGCAGGAGGACCGAAGACGAAGAAUGGGAGCUUCAGAUCAAAAAAGAGUUGGCAAAGAAAAAAUCAGCUUCCACUGAAAAAAGUUCGACACUUUCGGCGGAUGACAGAAARWUGGUUGAAAAACAAGAUGAAAAAAGACGGGAAAUUACAACAUUGAUCGAGGGGAAAUGCUAUCGUCUACUGACAUCAAUCGAGUCUCUCGUUAGUUCUGAUAUCGAAAUCGGAAACUCAUGUUURCCGACCCUCUCGCCUGCCGUUCUUCAGUUAUCGAUUCUAGAUUGUCCUGCUACCGACAAUCUCAAUGAAAUGAAAGAAAGACUCUCCAAGACUCUGACUUCCUUGGCUGCAUGCGUUUAUGAAAUUGAAGAGGAAUAUGCUCCCAUGAUGGCAACAGCUUUAACCAUCAGUUGCAAAAAUCCUGAAAAAUCYGAGGCAAAAACGGAAGACAAACCUUCGGAUACCUCUACUAGAUUUAUUGUUCAUGCUCUUCCCACACCAUGCGAGCCAGCUGCUAAUGCUGUUUUCGAAAUGGAUGAAUUUCAAGAAGAAUUGUCUGGCCCUUCUUUUGCAUUCCUUUUUCCGAUUAUUCGUGCUGCCUUGAUGGGUCCGCGAACUGUCCCAGGGUGUGAAGGAGCCCUUCGUGUAUUGGAGAGACAUACAGUGUUGCUUGUUGGAGACGAUGCCGAUGAAAAUGUUAAGCUACUACGCGCGGAUAUGGUAACAAGUGUCCUUGAACUACUCAAACAUGAUCGUGCAAAAGCAUUCGUUGAUCCUGACCCUUAUGAGACUUUAGUGGCUUGUUAUUCCACGGAUGAAGAUAAUGAAUCUGGCCCGGCACUUACGACUGCUGAGCUGGCACCGCUCUUGGACGAACGAGGUGCAUUAGGCGAAAAAAACUGCCGCGUAGCUGCUAUGAUUGCCUUAGGAUCAAUUGCUUCGAGUCACAAAAAGAUCGUGAAAAAUAACCCUCUGAUUGAGAAUAGGGUCUGGCUGAAUUGUUUUGAGGAUGAUGAAUCCAUUCGUGCAGAAGCAAGAAAGACAUGGAAUAUAAUGAACAGCAAAAAUGAAACGGACGAAACACUACCGCCGCCCUCACCGAUGUAUGCAGUUCCUCUUCUCCCUCUAUURCAUAGUAGCAACCCUGGAAUAGCUGCUGCCGCUGCGAAAGCAUACGCUUUUGGUAUGAAAGCUCACCCAAAAGGUGUCAACAGAAAUCUCAAGAAGCUUUGUAAUUCGUACAUAGAUUCAUGCCCUCAACCCGAAGGUGCAGGAAAGCCGGCAUCGGGAGCUGGAGCGUUUCCGAAGGCAAAUUUCCCAACACCUGCUCCACCAAAAGCAAAAGCACCUGCACUUCCGAAAUUGAAGAAGAAAACUGUCAAGAAAUCUCCAUUAGGGUUGGCAGCGAUAGGUCAACCAAAACCAAAAAAAGUUUCGAAAAAGACGAAAAAGAUGACGUCAGCCAUGUUGAAACCAAAGCAAGAGAGAACCUUGGAUCAAGCUGCACUCGAAGACCAGUUUAAAAUUGGACCAAAGACAACACCUGCAGAAGAGGAUGCACCAGAGAAGGUUUCUAUCAGAACUGGGGUACUUCGAGUCCUUGCUGCGUUUCCCAGCGCUGAGCUAGAGAUGGAUACUGAUACUCUAAAACUACUUACAUCCUUCCUCAUGGCUUACGGUAUCGCAGACGGAAAUGAAGAUGUGAAGAAUACUUCACGUAACGCKUUGAAGGACAUUAUUGUUUCAUAUGGAGCAUCUGACGAAGCCAUUGCUUUCCUUUUGCCGCAUAUCGACGGUAUUUUGAAGAAUGGACUCGCAGACUCCCAGGCUCUUGAUGACUUACCCAAAACCAAAAUUGCUGAAAACACAGAAUCAUCGAAUCGCAGAAAAGAAGGAGCCGUCGUGGCACUGGGAUCUGUGGCUCUGCACCUGAAAGGUCCUGAAAAUGCCAUGAAGAUUGACAACUCUGUUGAUAUGCUAAUCAAUUCACUGAAGACGCCGAAUGAAGAUGUUCAAGCGAGUGUGGCUGAUGCGUUGACCAAGCUCAUGAAGAAGGGAAACACGCAGGCAAGAAUUGAAGAAAUUUUAGAUCAACUGGUGGCUGUUUGUUUGGAAGGAGACUCACAGGCAACUAGGCACGGUGGUGCGUAUGGAAUUGCUGCGGCGGUGAAGGGGAGUGGCAUUGCCUCUCUAAAGAAGUUCGGUAUAGUCACAAGGCUCGAAGAAGCUUGCGCCGAAGGCUCAUCAAGCAACAAAGAGGGUUCAUUGUUUGCAAUCCAAUUGUUGUGCACCAGACUUGGUCUUCUUUUCGAACCCUAUGUAAUUGUGUUGCUACCUUCACUAUUGAAAGCAUUCGGUGAUGGAAGCGAUGAGGUACGGAAAGCAGCAUCCAAGACUGUGGGGGUAAUCAUGAGCAAGUUGUCCGCACAUGGAGUAAAAUUAGUUUUGCCUGCAGUUCUUACUGCUUUCAACGACAGCUCAUGGAGGACUAAGCAAGCUUCUAUUGACAUGCUUGGUGCGAUGAGCCAUCUUGCRCCGAAACAGCUUGCUUCGGCAUUACCCAAGGUUGUCCCAAAGCUCACUGAAGCCUACGCUGACACUCAUCCAAAAGUCAAAGGAAGUGCUCAAGGAGCUCUUGACGAGAUUAGUAGUGUCAUUCGCAAUCCCGAGAUCCGUGAUAUCAGUCCGAAACUGCUGAAGGCUCUAACGGAUCCUGCCAACAAGACUCUUUCAGCUCUUGAAGCUCUAAUCGAAACAGAGUUCUUACAUGCGAUUGAUGCUCCGAGUCUUGCUUUGAUUGUACCAAUUCUUCACCGUGGUCUUCGCGAUAGGGCAGCUACUACGAAACGAUAUGGUGCUCUUAUCACUGGAAACAUUUGUACGAUGAUUAAUGAUCCACGAGAUUUCAUUCCCUACAUUCCUACUUUGAUGCCAGAUCUGAAAGGUAGCCUACUUGACCCUAUCCCCGAUGUGAGAAGCAUUGCUGCAAAAGCUUUAGGAUCGUUAACGAGAGGGCUGGGUGAAGAUGCUCUGCCCGAUCUUCGUCCAUGGUUGUUAGAACAACUGAGAUUGGAGGAAUUGAGUUCUGCGGAACGCAGUGGAGCUGCUCAAGGUUUGACUGAGGUAUUGAUUGCUUCUGGAAAUGCUGUUGUUGAGGCGUUGAUGUUGGACGACAUAUUGCCACUUUCAAGUCACCCAUCCCAUAGUACGCGGGAAGGUGUUCUCUGGGUAUUAUGUUUCCUUCCGCCAGCCAUGGGGCAUGGAUUUACUWCGAUGUUAGAUGAAAGUCUUCCAGCUCUCAUCAGUGGUUUAUCGGACGAAAAUGAGCAAGUACGGGAAGUGGCAAUGAAAGCUGGUCGCGUUUUGAUCCGAAGUCACGGCAAGGUUCACUUUGAUAAGAUUCUACCUAUAUUGCAAAAUGGUAUGACUGACGAGGACUAUCGAAUCCGUUUGUCGUCGCUCAUGCUUCUCGGUGAUUUGUUGAGUAUGAUUGGAGGCACCACUGUCUUACGGACAGACGGAGACACCCAAGACGACAUUAGAAAAGCUGAAAGAGCUCAGGCACAAAUUACGCARGUUUUGGGAAUCAAGACAAGAAAUCAAGUACUUAGUGAUAUCUACMUUGCAAGAAGUGAUAGUGCAUCUGCUGUUCGUCAUGCAGCAAUACAAGUGUGGAAGACAGUUGUCAGCGUCACAGCCCGAACCCUGCGACAAAUUCUCCAGGUCUUGGUUAGCAGAGUUGUCGGAGAUUUGGCAAGCGGAGAUGCCGAGAAAACUGAUACAGCCGGAAAAUGUCUCGGAGAUAUCGUUCGUAAACUUGGAGAUUCUGUUCUUCCCAACGUUGUUCCUGUCCUACGUAACUCGUURUACGAAGGAGAUCAUAACACAAGGCGKGGAGUAUGCGUGGGUCUAUCCGAAGUUAUUCUUUCUUCUACAAAAGACCAGAUUCUUCGAUUCCUUGAUAUUAUUGUUCGAGUUGUGCAAGAUGCAAUUUGUGAUGAUAAUGAUGGUGUUAGAGCCAUGGCGGCCGAAAGCUUUCAAAACUUGUAUAAGUUGGUUGGUAAUGUAGCAAUGGAUGAGGUUGUACCAUCACUUAUGGUGGCGCUUGAAAGCGCGGACGAAGACGAACAGCGAAGUGAACGUGCCAUGAAUGGACUAACUGGAAUCUUGAGUAUCCGAAGUAAGGAUCUUCUUCCUUAUAUUAUCCCAAGGCUCAUACAGCAACCAAUGACAAUAUGUCACGCAAAGGCUAUUGCAAGUAUUGCAACCGUAACAAGUGAAACCCUCUAUUUCCACUUCAAUCACAUCAUACCUGCUCUAUUGCAAGAUCUCUCGAGUGGUAAUGAUGAUAAAGCACAAAUCGAAGCGGUUCGAGAUUGUGCAAAAUCUGUUUUCGAACAUGGAGACGAGGCUGGAGUAAACAAGCUAGUUUCCGAGGUUACAAAGAAUUGCACAAGCGAUAAGGCAGAGCUAAGAAAAGAAAGUUGUUGGAUGUURGGAGCUAUUGUCACRGCACGUAAGUUACUUGGAUUCUACGKUUUGUCCUUGUUUGUCGUAAAUGCCGCGAUUAAUUACCUCGAGUGGAUAAGAAAGGCAUUCAGAGAUAAUAUUGUUUUUGUCAAUUGUUUUUGUCAUAUGUUUUUGUCAUAUGAGAUACUAAAAAAUUCUGUCACUCUGGUAUCGAAUUAUAACUUUUUUUGCUUUCUCUUAACAGGUAAAGAGGCCAAGGACUUUUAUGAUCUCAAUUSUAUCAUCAUCCGUGAGCUUAUUCAUAGAUUUAACGAUGAAAACAAGGACGUUGUCAAGGCCGCAAACAAGGCGUUCGCUGCGUUGUCGAAAUCUGUUCCUGCAGAAGUGCUUGUGGAUGAUAUUGAGUACAUGAGGAACAUCAUUGCCAGUAUGGUUAGCGAUGCCAGGAGAAGGAAAGGUGGUGUCGGAGAUGGAGAAUUCCUUCUUCCAGGGUUUAACAUUCCAAAAGGUGAGUCUUCCAUUUUGAUUAUUCCACCAAUCACUUAUCGCUUGAUCACACUCGUCAUAUCCGUUUCUUGCGAUAUCUUUUGGCUAAUCCGAUUCCCCCUCUGUCCUCAUUUUUGUCAGGUCUCGAGCCGCUGCUCCCGAUUUACCAGAGAGGUAUCCUUUAUGGAACACCGGCCGURCGAGAAGCAUCAGCUGCCGGGCUUGGCGAAGUAAUCAACUUGACUGCGAAUAAGUUCCUUGCUGGCCCUCUUAUCAUCAAGAUGACCGGGCCAUUGCUUCGUAUCGUAGGCGAUCGAAACCCAGCUAACGUCAAGAUCGCUAUUCUACAGACACUAGGGCUCAUUCUUGUCAAGGGUGGCCCCGCCCUYCGAGCAUUUGUGCCCCARUUCCAGACGACGUUUGUCAAGGCGCUCUCCGAUCCUUCCCGCCAGGUCCGAAUAGAGGCAAUCAAUGCUCUCGGGCUUCUCAUGCCGUUGUCGACACGGGUGGAUCCAUUGAUCAAGGAACUCGUCGCUGGAUCUUUGGGAAGAGACUCUUCYGGAGACGACGGUGUGGGUGUUGUCGCGGUUCAAACCGCAACUCUGGAAGCCCUUGCUGUCGUGUUGGCAAAGGGUGGUAAGAAAUCYAAGCUGCCAGAUAGCAUCCCAUCYGCUCUAGAGGCAAGCACGUCCCUAAUUCGUCAUUCUGACGAGUCKGUGCGAGAAGCAGCCGCCAAGGUAACUGGUGCUGCAUGCAACAUUUUGGGUGCAGAGAAAACUGAAGAAACAAUGAAGGACUUUGUUCUGGAUAUCGACGACGACGACUCUGGCGAUAUCCGCGAAGGAAAAGCCUGCGCUAUUCGCCGGGUGUUUUCGGCCGAUGUUGCGAAGAAGUUAGACGGGUCGAUCACAUCGGAAGCACUCGCCGUCGCAACCAAAUACAUGAACGACGAGAAGCUAGCUGUGAAGGAGUCAGGAAUCGUAGCCGUUGGGGCUGUAGUAGGCAGAACGGAAAACCCCGAAACUAGUCUCCGCAGCGUCGAGAAAUCUCUUUUGUCUUUAAUGGUCGGAGAUCUYAAGCAGCGGCUUGAGACGCACCAGGCCAUCGCUCGCUGUCUGUGCCUAUGCCUKGAACUAUCAGACGUCGAUAGCCGCAUUGAACUUUUUGGUCUCAAACUAUUGAAGGCGUGUAUGAGGCUCGCAAUGAGUGGAAAUCAACGUGUUCAAUUUGCCUAUAACGAUGUGCUUUGGCUUGCGUUGAGAGUUUCCGAAGGACAGGAUGGUCUYGACGAGUUUUCUUCGUUGGCAAUGUUUGAAGAUGCAAAACAAAUGAAGAGUAUUUACUCAAAAGUUCUUCUGAAAAUCAAAACAGCCAAGAUUUUGGAGGACUAAUUUCAUUGUAGUCUAGCCAAUGGCAAGGAUGCUGCAAUAACAAAGUUCUCUAGGAAAAAUAACAAAAUUGAAAGUAAUAAAAGAACAUACAAAUUCGAGAACGACCCAUUUUAUUUUACUACUACGAGUUUCGUAACAAUUGAAACCGGACUCCGCCAAAGAGCAAUAAGUAAUAAUUUCAAGUUAUGAAC